AGCAUACUGCGGGCGUCUGUUUCCAUGGAAACGAUCAACACUACCUAUACUGUCUUGGAGACGGGGGAGUCGCAUUGAUAGACAAAAAAAAUAGUUUAUCUAGACAACAUUUUCUUUCUUGCUCAAACAAUUCUGCAGAUGACUGACCAAAAUGGACGAGGACGACGGGUCGGAUGUGGAAAACGGGGAGGAAACUCAGGAAGACGAGGACGACGAAGCAACAGAGGUUCGCCCCUUGGAUCAAGAUAUUAUCAUCCCCGGUCUCUCUUUGCUGUGCCGAACAGGGAAUGGACUGAGACAUGCAUUCAUUAAAGUGGUCCUUAAGGACAAAAGACUAAGUGACAUCGCUGCUAUCAGCAAUUAUGUUCAUCUACGUUUCCUGGACGUGUCCAACAACCGCAUUUCUGACCUUUCACCUCUGUUAUCUCUCACCCAGCUUCUUUGGCUCAAGGUCGACAAGAAUAUUGUAACAUGCUUCCAAGGACAAGCCUUUGCACAGAUGGUCUACCUGCAGUGGCUGAGUAUGGCUGCAAACCGUCUCACCGAUAUGGAUGGUCUUGUUGGACCGGCUUUGGAGAGUCUUAUCCUUUCAGACAACCGUAUACAGACGUUACAUGGUCUUGAAAGUAACCAUUUUUCCAAACUGGUCACUUUGGAGCUGAGGGGAAACCGUUUAAGUACAACUGAGGGCAUCAACCUUCCCAACCUGCAGCGAUUAUAUCUGGCCCAAAAUUCUAUUAAACAUCUUGAGGGCUUGGAUAAGUUAGAGAGCCUCACCACCCUUCACCUCCGUAAAAACAAACUAACCAACGUAGAAGGGCUCAGCUCCAACAUGAAAUGUCUCCAGUACAUCAACAUCAGAAGCAAUGAUAUCUUAGAUGAGACCUGCCUGAGUUCCCUUGGCCAUGUGUCAAAAACCCUGCGGGUUGUGGUCCUCUCUGAAAAUCCACUGGACGGCAACACAGACUACCGGCCGUACAUCCUGACUCUCAUCCCAAAACUGGAGCGUCUUGACAAAGAGCCUAUCUCCCUUGAGGAGCGGGCUGAAGUCUGGAAGACAGUCAAUGAACUCAAAGAGGAAGACUAAGUCAAACUUUUGCAGUCAAUGAUCUUCCUGGAAAAGAUGGGCUUAGGGUGGCCAAUCCAAUCCAAUCUACUUUAUUUAUCUAGCACAUUUAAACAAGAAAAAUGUUUCCAAAGUGCUGCACAAAAAUAUUAAAAACAAUAUUCAAAUGUUAUCCUUAGCUCCACCAAUGACUGAAUAAAGACAAAAUAAAUAAAUAUAAAACCAAUAUAAAAAAAUAUAAAAAUAAAUAUGAUAAAACAUGAUUUUAAAGGGUAAAACCAAUUAAAACAAUAAAUACAAAUUACAAUUUUAAAACACAUAGGACCACACAAGUCACAUAGUGUUAAAAGCCAGAGAAUUAAAAGUGGGUCUUAAGACGAGACUUAAAACUUGCAUGUAUCAUAUGUUAUUGUUGUGUUUCUCUGUCUAUUAAGUUUGAAAUGCUUCAAUUCAUUUAGUCAUGACAUACAAAGGAGUACAAUGGAAGAUAGGAGCUGCUCUACACAAAAAGUUCCCUGUGUAAUGAUGAAAAGGCACAUUUUGCAAACACUUCCCUGCUGACUGCCAUUCAGCUGCAGAUUUAAAGGGACAGUGACUUUGGAUGGACUUUGUUUCGCCAUACAUUGACCCAGAUCAAUCACACCAGUGAGAGAUGCAAUUUAAUUUUCCACACGUCGGCAUUGAGCCGUUGCUAAAACGUGAAAAUCCACUUCUCAUCUUACUACACUGUCUUAAAAGAAAUAGGUGCAGCUUUGGUUGUGGGUAAUUUUGCAACAUUGCACCCACACAGGUUCUUUUGAGAGGAAGAAAGGGCAAAUGCCGUUGCAACAUGGGGAACUAUUUGUACACAUCAUUGUUUGCACUGUUCUUGACCUUUUAACAUACAAAAAACAAACCUUCAUUUAAACGACAGUGCUUCAUCAUAAAAUUUGAAUAAGUGGCAACUUUUUCUUGCUAUCUUACUGAGAGAUCCACUGAUGCAUUAUUGUCCUCCGGAGACAAGUGUUUCACAGGCUUAUUUUAAAUGCAAAUAGUGUUGUGCAGAGGACAUCCUCGGCUUUCUUUGGGUUUGUCUAGUGAAAUAUACUGUAAGUCUUCCCAAAAUGGCUGCAAUAACAAGCAGCAUGUCAGGUAAUGUUAGGUAACUUGUCCAGGUAAAAAGGUAGAAAUUGAGUGUUUUUUUUUAUUAAAGCACAAGUUGGUUAAUCUAUAUAGUUAGUUUUUUAUUGACUGGUUGUACUGAAAACUAAGAUUUUCCGGCGUCCUCUGUGGUAGACAUACAGUAUUGCUUACUACCUUUUCAUGUAAUAUAAUGAAAAUGAUUGAUGCAACAAAAGGUAUAAUGAUUAUUUUACUACAUUUAAAAUACAUUAUUGUGGUCUACGUAACAUGUAAUUGUGGUUAUUUGGUCGAAAUGUUGCGUAGAUUAUGUUUUACAGACCAUCUGAAAACCGCUUUCUGACCGUCUCUUCAGGAAGCGCUGUUUUGUGGGUGGUCUUAUUUACGUGCCUCCACUUCGACUGCGGCUUCUCACCGUCAGCCAUGUUGUAGUUUUUAACGCUUCCAUAUGGAGUCUGCUGACAGGUGUAAGUUAGAACUAUACAAUACUUUGUAUUGGAAAUGGCAACAGCGGGGGAUGCACGUGCAUGUACUAGGCAGUCUGCAAUAGAGGACACGUACAAAGUUCUUCAGGUAAAUCUCUACCAUGUAUGGAGACAUAUCUGCUGACGUCAACAAUGGGAAAAACGUCACAAAUUGGGCAAUUUCCAAACAGCUAAUUUGGCUGAAGAUUGUUUUAUAAAUAUGCAUCCAUAGUUUGAUUUCAAAUUUUCGGGACUUCUGCAGAUCCCAUCCUACCAUGAAUUGAUUAACGUGGAACCCGACUUAAACAAGUUGAAAAACGUAUUCAGAUGUUACCAUUUAGUGGUCAAUUGUACGGAAUAUGUACUGUACUGUGCAAACUACUAAUAAAAGUUUCAAUCAAUCAAUCCAUCCAUUUUCUACCGCUUGUCCCGUUCAGGGUCGCGGGGGGUGCUGGAGCCUAUCUCAGCUGUAUUCGGGCGGUAGGCGGGGUACACCCUGGACAAGUCGCCACCUCAUUGCAGGGCCAAC